CACACACACAAAAACAGAGAAACACACCUCCGCCUUGUCACCACUGAUGCGCGCACUCUGCUGACGAGCUCGCGCUCCCGCGGCACGGUGCGCGCAGUCAGCCGCUCGUCGCGUGGUGCACAGGACGUCUAAUUAGCACAAGAUGCAGGAACCGGGCACCCCUCAGCCGGGCCCUCAGAGGACCUUUAGCGUUCUGGAUCGUCUGCUGCUAACACACCCAGUGUGGCUGCAGCUGUCACUCAACCAAGACUCCGCCCUCUACAUUCUGCUCAGAGAGCCUGUUGGGACGUUUUUAGUGCGCAAGUGCUGCUCCAGCCAGCGGAAGCUUCUCUGUUUGAGGGUCACAGCCGACAGGAGUUCGUCCUCUGUGAAGGAGUGCUUCAUCUGUGAGGAAGACUACACAUUCGCCCUCGAGAGCUCGGCGCUCAGCUUCCCCGACUUGUGUCGUCUGGUGGCCUUCUACUGUGUUAGCAGGGAUGUGUUGCCUUUCCCUCUCCAGCUGCCAGAUGCCAUCGCCAAGGCCACCACACACAGACAGCUGGAGGCCAUCUCACACAUGGGCCAAGACUUCUGGAGCUCGCCAAGCGCCUCCGAGCUUCAAAAUGGACCUCUUCCUUAUUGCAGCAGCAGCCAGGUCUCGGUGGCAACGACCUCCAAUCGAUGUAGUCUUCAGGCCCUCAGCAAUCGAGGAAAACUCUGCUUUAUAAACCCGCUCUUCCUGCAGCUGGAAGUCUGCACGCAAGUAGAAGUCCAGAACCACAGUGCCUCCAACAAGCGACACCGCUUCAAGCGCAGCAUGCGACUCCGCCUCUCAGAGUCCUCCAUGAAUCUGUCCCUUGAAGGGGUGGGCUCCUACUCGCCUCCCCCAUCGGUGGAGAUGCCUAGCGAAUCCGAGAUGCGCACACCUGGCUCCGACUCCCUGAGGAGAGUCCAUGCCGGGGCGGGGGUUCUGAGGAGAACGCCUGCCGUGUCACCAGGGUCGGCAGACGAAGAGGACCCGAUGGCUGCCAGAGCGCCUCAAGUGAACCAGCCUCCUUCGAAGACGCCCGCCAUCGAAGUGGCUCUCCUGGCCCUGGAACGCCGCCCUGCUCCAUCUCUGGCCGAGCUAGACAGCAACAGCUCCUUCAGCAGUCUGGAUGAGGAAAAUGAGUCGGAUUCCGAUUCCGACCAUGCCGCCGCAGCCCAAACACAGGGCUUCCAGAGGCCGCCGCUGAGGCGAUCGCGAGGUCGUGGAGGUUUGCGCCGUAUGAGCGAGGCGUUCGUGUGUUUCUUUGCUCCAGACAAGCGCCUGACACGACUGGUCGAGGAGCUGUCCCGAGACAGGCGCUCCAUAUUUGGAGGGAUGGUCCAAGACUUCCUCCUGGCUCAGAGGGGGCUGCUCAAGUCACUCGCCGCCUCUUCCUCGUCCCCACAUGUGACGUCCGUGCAGCUCCUGCAGGGUGUGCGUCUUUUCCUCUCUCAGGCCAAGUGCUGCCUCCUGGAAAGCGGCGAGCUGGAACCUCCCAUUGAAACUUUGGUGCCAGAGAACGAGACGGAUCUGGCUCUGGAGCGCGCCAUGUUCUCCUGUGUGCUCCGCCCCCUGAGGUCUCACCUGGACAAAGCCCUGGUGGCACUGCACCAGCAGGACGGCUUCAGUCAGCGCUUCAGCCAGAACCUCGUCCGUUUAAAAGGCACAGAUGCCAUGGAGCACCUCGGCGUGCACACGGGCGUGUCGGACAGUCGCCAGGUGGAGAAGGUGAAGCAGAAGCUGGCAAUGAUGAGGCGCACGCACUCGCCCAUCGACAAGGUGCUGCUGCUGCUGCAGGUGUGCAAGUGCGUGCACAAGGCCAUGGGCGGCACGCACGGGCAGGAAGUGAGCUGGGAGGACUUCCUGCCGUCGCUGUCCUACAUGAUGGUGGAGUCCAACAGGCCUCACAUCCUGAUAGAGGUGGAGUACAUGAUGGAGCUGCUCGAGCCGUCCUGGCUCGGUGGAGAAGGUGGCUCUUACUUGACCAGCAUGUUUGCCAGCCUGCAUCUGAUCCAGAGUAUGGACCGAGACCGGCCGGCCUCAGGCUGCCUGACCCCCGAGGCCCAGGAGGCGCUGAAGGAGUGGCGCUGUAGGCGGAGCCGUGAGGCCCAGAGGCAGAAGGAGAACCUUCAGAGCCAGAGGUGCGUUCGGAUACUGUUCCAGGACGGUGAGCGGAGCGCCGUGCGGACCUUGCAGUGGCGAGCGGGGGAGAGCAGCCAGGCGCUGGCACAGCUGUGUGCCGCCACCUUCGGUGUGUCUGACCCGCAGCAGUACACGCUGUACUGGCGCAGCGGCGGUGAGAUGCGGGCCCUGCCGCCUCAGGCCCAGCCUCAGGACCUGGCGGGUCACAGCGAGGGAGGCCCGUCCCUCUCCUACCUGAGGACGGACCACGACUUCAGCAAGAUGCGGCGGCUCACCAGAGGUGGUGCUGUGGACCUGAGUGAGUCGGUGUGCGAGGAGUGAGUGGGAGAAGAGCGGAGGGGGUAGGAAGGGAGGAGGAGAUGGAUGCCGUCUCUCUCCGGUGGGGGUCGUGAAUGGACCAGGAGCAGCACGGCGCCUGGCGUAAGAGAGGGUUCUAUUUGUGUCACCAACGUGGAGGGAUGACAUCAUGACAAGGUGAACUCCUGUUGCCUGGAAACAAAAGCACACAACCUGGUCCUGAUGUAACUCGUCGAUAUCUUCUCAUUCGCCGUUCCACAAUGACACAAAACCGGAUGCCAAAGUUUGCAGAUUUGGACUUUAAAGGAGAUGUGAACCACCUUUGACUUUUUUCUGUGUUUUUUGGCUGCGAGCGUCGUGAGGUCUUAGCAUGAUGAGUGUGAAAGAGGAGCUUUUUAGACCACUUUUGUAUUAUUAACACACCAUGUGGCGUGGUCGUGGAAACCAGCUGAAUGUAUUCGUUCAGGGGUGUCCAAACCUUUUCACUGAAAACGUGAAGGGUGUGUGGGGGCACUUUUAUAUUAUGCACAUUUUAAUUCACUACACACGCUAAAAUCAAAUACAGUUAUUAGCAUUUUGCCAUCUAAAUUGCUUUUUUGAGGGCUUUAACACACUCGAAAACCAAAUGUGAGCAUGUUUAUCCUGGUAAAAAUCUACGGGCUACAAGACACAAUCCCAUGACCUGCUCCGUAGUACCGCCGCCGGAGGGUGAGAAAUACCCGCCACCAGUGUCUGAUGGACAGGAAACAUGGUACACGUUCAUCAUGACAUCAUGCAUGAAAAUCAUAGAUCAUCACAUACAGUCAGAUGCGCAGCUUGUCGGCCAUUUUGGGACGCAGGGGCCAUUUUGGGGGAUUUGAUCGAUUUUAAGUUGUUUUUUUUUCCUGUGUAAUGUUCUAAUGCGGGGCUGUGUUUAGUUUUAUCCGCAGAAUGUGUCACGGGCCAAUAAAAAACGAGCCAUGCGUCACAAAUGGCCCCGGGGCCGCACUUUGGGCACCCCUGAACUAGAACAGUCUCACCAUCACACUGUGGUGGGUCAGGACAGAACCUGCCGACUUCUGCUGACUGUUCAAAGUUCACGUCUUGUAUUUCAAAGUAACUUUGAUUGUUGGGCCUGAUGGGUAAUUGCAGUAAUCUUCAACGUGUGCAGGCUUUAACCAGCAAGUGAUGAUGAUGUGUUUUGAACAUAACUGCAUGCUUUUAAAUUUGAGGUUCUGCGAAUGUGUUGAUUGUGUGAGCUCACUAUUCCUUUUCAGUGUAAAUGUGUCAGCUAAAUCGCAAUAAAACUAUUUCAUGUGUGCAGAUGUGCUUUCUAGUGCCAACAACAAGGGGCAGCACAACACAUAAUGAAUUAUCAAACAUUUCAAGGAGGGAUCCAAAAGUGGGUCACAGUGCUGUUGUCAGUGGAUUGCGGGGUCUUUGCCAAAAAAUAAUUAUGUAAUGACCCGAUAUCGAUGACUUGGUCAAAGUUUUAAGCCGGAGGGGAAGGACAUCGAGUGUGGACUUAAAGUGCUGUCUGUCCGACGCAGAGCAGCAAACACAAUUUCUAUUCUUCUGUAAAAGUCUCACUGCCGCAGCUCACCUUGUGUUGCAUGGGGGAAUUCCACCCACAAUGAAGGCUACCAAGUACAGUAUGACGGCACUGGGAGGCGUUUCACGCCUAAUUCGAUCUAUUGACCCUGGCAGAGGGGUGGUCUACAGAAGAAAUGGUCCUCCUACUUACCUACUGAGUGUUGAAAAAGAGCAACUGGACUCGCUUGAUUUCCUUGAAGAUGUUUCACCUCUCAUCCCGGUCCAUGUUACACACAUUUUUUGUUCAAAUAAUUUUUGAGUUUCUGGAUGAAAAACUUCCUGGAACUGUUCCUGGAAUGAUUAUGAAACUUGUUGCUGGCACACCGUGUUAUUUUGCACUACCUCAAAUUCAAACUACUCCAUCUCUGGCUAAGCUGGACAGCAGCAGUAAUAUAAUGUCUUUAAUGUCUUUUCAUUAAAGGGACUGUUUGCAACUGGCUCAAAAUUACACUGCCAGCGCUGAGCAAAUGCGCCUGCGCGUGUGUGUUACCUGGGUGGCAGCCUAAUUACGUGCUCACAGCAUGAGGGCGGGAUAUUUAUAUUUUAAUUCUGUGGGUAAGUGUGCGUGCGUAUGGUUG